UUCCGGUUUCUGCCACUGUGACCAAAGUUCCCAUCUUGUAUUAGCCUGUCGGUGUUUGUCACGUUAUUCAACCAACGCGUUGAAGCUGCACACACUUUUAACGUGACAGUUAAACACGUUAAACCACAGACACGGAGAAGAUGAGAUUACCACGGCGGCUCCUCACACCGCCUCCAGCCGCUGUACGCAGGGCAUCCUCGGGCUCCGCGGGCGCGGUGAGCUUCGUCCCGGCAUGCAGCACCACGGACAGACGCUCCGUGGAGCGGCUGCAGGACUUUGUGUCUCGAGCGAGUCGCCUGUUCGUCAUCAGCGGAGCUGGACUCUCCACCGAGUCCGGGAUCCCCGACUAUCGUUCGGAGGGUGUCGGGCUAUACGCCCGCACGGACAGGCGACCCAUGCAGCACGCAGAGUUUGUGCGCAGCGCAAAGUCCCGUCAGCGCUACUGGGCCCGGAACUUCGUCGGGUGGCCGCAGUUCUCCUCCCGUCAGCCGAACUCCGCGCACGAGGCCCUGCGGAAGUGGGAGCAGAGAGGCAAGCUGCACUGGCUGGUGACACAGAAUGUGGAUGCUCUGCAUUCAAAGACGGGACACGAAAGGCUGACUGAGCUCCACGGCUGCGCCCACAGGUGUGUUGAUAUAUGUGUCCUCAGGGUGCUGUGUCUCGGCUGUGGGGACAUCUCGCCAAGGACGGAGCUGCAGACGCGAUUUGUCGCACUAAACCCGGACUGGAGAGCACAGACAGGUGAGGUGGCGCCUGAUGGGGAUGUCUUCAUAGAGGACGAGCUGGUCCUCAAUUUCAGAGUUCCCUCGUGCGAGAACUGUGGAGGGGUACUGAAGCCUGAGGUCACGUUUUUUGGAGACACCGUGAACAAAGGGACGGUUCAGUUUGUGCACGACCGACUGGGGGAGUCCGAUGCGGUGCUGGUGGUGGGGUCAUCGUUACAGGUGUAUUCGGGAUACAGGUUCUUACUAGCAGCUGGUGAUCGGAAAAUGCCAGUCGCCAUUGUGAACAUUGGGUCCACGAGGGCCGACCACCUGGCUGAGCUGAAAGUGAUCGGACGCUGUGCUGAAGUGCUGUCAGUCAUGCGACCUCUCUGACCGACAUGGAGGCAAAAUUACCUCAGGUUCAAACUGGUGAAUCAACCUAAUGAACUUCCGGAUGAAUGUCUGGACCGGGCAGUUUUUUUUAAGCAACAUAGAAGUAGCCAGGAGUAUUUAAACUUCUCUGACGAAAAAAAUUGAUCAUCUGGUCCAACACACAGCCACACAUCUGCUCAAUGACUAACGCUGUGCUGCAUUGAGCCCCGGUGCUUUGGGUUUUGGCAUUAUAGAACAUGUGCAGUACAUCGUGCAGCAUGUAUGGUCCACUGUGUGAAGGCCCAGAGUUAAAAGCUUAUGGCUGCGAAAAUGACACUUGGCAGGACGAAGCCAAGUGGUUUGUCUUCUCGGGCUAUUGUGUAGAAAUGAGUCUUUUAUUUAAAGGACCUAUAGGCAACAAUGUACUGUAAAUAUCGCUUAUGCAGUGUUUGUAAAACAAAACUACAAGAAGGUUGUCUAAGUGCAACAGUUAUUGCACAAGGCUAAACAUCUUUUUGCCGGUAAGACAGGGAGGGUCAUUUUACGGUUUGACACAAAUGUGAGUGAACAUAAUUUUAAAUACACUGUAAUCAACUGGUUUUAAAGGGUGUGAUUUGAUUUGUGCUAUCCUGGGAUUUAGU